AUGGCCUCUUCAGGAGUUAAGGGAGACAGUUAUCGUUGCUAUUUGCAUGGAGAAGGAGAAAAGAACACCAAAUGGAGGUAUGGUGCCCCUCCUAACUAUGGUGCUGUCAACAAGCUCUUUGAAGAAGGCAGAACCAAGAUAUGGCCUCCGGGAUCACUAGAAGAACAAGUGCAAAACCUUGUAAAGACAUGGGAAAUGGAGAUGUUCCAUAAAACAAGGGAUGAAGACUUUAAAGCAAGUGAUCCUAAGAAGUACACUUUCAGCCUAAAUAGAAGGAAAGCUGUAAGUUUGGAAGAGAAGCGAAAGCUUGGGGGAGGCUACAACUCUUUUCUGCAAACCUCAUUGCCAGAUGAGUUCCGGUGCUACAACCCGGCAGAAGAAACGGUGGAUUCAGCUCAUAGGGCUUUCACAACCGCAUUUCCGCGCGGGUUUGCUCUAGAGAUUCUCCAUGUGUACUCUGGUCCUCCACUGAUCGUAUACAAGUUCAGGCACUGGGGUUACAUGGACGGUCCUUUCAAAGGUCAUGCCCCUACUGGAGAAAAGGUUGAACUCUUUGGGAUGGCAAACUUUGAGUUGGAUGAACAUGGGAAAAUUGUGAAGGUUGAGUUCUUUUUCGACCGCGGAGAACUUCUUGGGGGCCUUCUAAAGGGAGCAAGCUUUGACAGUUCCAGUAAAGAGGCAGCCUUUGCUUGCCCAUUCUUGAGGAGCACAGGGUAG